CGCUGCGCGCGGUUAUAAGCUAAAUUCAAAAGUUAGUGUUAAUAUUAAUAAAUAAAAAGAUAGUGUUAACUGAAGACUAACUACGAAAUUAAUUAACAACAAACGACUCACAAGUGAAACGACAAAGCGCAAGUGAGAGAAUAACUAAAAACUCAAGCAGACCAAGAAGCCAAAACAACGCAACAGCGACACCUGUUUGCCUGCAUUCCUUUGCAUGUGCAUGUGCAUAUGCAUAAGUGUGUGAAUGUGCGGUGGUAAAUUAUUUGGCCGAGUGUUUUAGUUGAAACAACGUGUAUUUAUUUAAUUUGUAAAUAGCUGAAACAGUUAGCAAUUUGCUUGGCCAUUGCAGCAAUUGCAACAGCUUAACAGUGAUUUCGUUUCCCGCCGCGCCUGCGUAAAAACAGAAAAUAAAAAAUAAAACAACUCGCAUACCAACAAACACAAACAAAAACCGGUUCGUGUGUACUCACACAUAUACACAAUAUCCACCAGCAAAGAGGCGAGCGAGCACUAUAAACAAAAUACUUGCGUCUCUUUUUGCUUUUGCUUGGGAAAAAUAGAAAUAGAAGAAAACAACCGAAUACCAGGCGGUGAAGAAAAGUGUGACGAAAAAUUAAUAAAAACAACAAAAGAAAUUAUCAGAAGAAAUUUGAAAAUAAUUGUGCGAACGGAAAUUGAGCUUGGAUAGGGAGGGAUUAAUGUGAAAGCCUUAUCGUUAAGCUAACUGAAUAACUGAAUGCCCCGUCCCGCGCACCUGUACAACGAAAGUGAAUUAAAGCAACGAAUAAUUGUAACAGCAAUUGCCCAACAAGUUUCUUUUUAAGGGACCCCCCCACCACUCUACGCUUGGGCUUAUCACGAGCCACUUGUUGACGAAAUUGCAAAGUGGCAACUGCAACAAAAGUUCUAGCUACAUAACAUGUCACAAGUCAACGUCUACUGAGUACCAGUCGCAACAGCAGCAGCAGCAGCAGCAACAACACAGUCACAUAAUGGCAAGCAACAAUAACAACAAUAACAACAGCAACACGGCUGAGCCGCUGGAGAGUCGCGAUGAAGUUGAUUUCAUUGCGGUUAGGCACAACAAUAAUAAUGAGUAUGAGGAUUUGAGCAGCGCCAGCGGCGUUGUAAUUAGCGCCAAAGCAAACACAACCAUAAUAACAACAGCAACACCAAACAAUGAACCAAACCACAGCAGCAACGACAGCAACAGCAACAGUAACAACAACACAUUGAAAAAGCUUAAGGAGCGUCGCACGCUCUUUAAUUUUGGCAGCAAGAAACAAAACGCCAGUCACAAGUCACAGCAAGCAGCCACGCCCGCGCCUACGCCCACAUCCACUCCGAGCUGCAAUAGCCUGCUGCUGCCACCCACACCACCAGUGCCCAUUGGCACGCCGCCACGGCAGCACAAGUUUGUGAAGAGCAGCAGCAUUGCCCGGCUCUUGGGCAACACGUACAAUGCACGCAAGUUUGAGCGGCAGGAGCAGAAGCGUCUGGCCAAUGAGGCCAGCGGCAAGUUCAACACAUUCGGCGGACGUCGGCGCAGCGCUGGGCCCUAUCUGGAGCGCUUCAAGCGCAUGUCCAAGGAGGAUGGCGACAUAGCCGGCGACGAUGAGAGCAUCAAGGUGACCAAUGUGAUGACGCUGACCACAGACUCGCGCGAUCUGCAAUAUGGCAGCCGGCAGGAGCACGUGGGACGCAGCGAUGCGGAUCAGUUGAGUGCCAAGGCUAUGCGCACGUUGACCCGCGGACUGGGCAAACUCUGGUGGAAGCGCACGCACAGCGUGGACAUAAGCACACCCGAUCCUGAGUAUAAGGUGUCCUAUCUGGGCAAUGUGCUCACAGGCUGGGCCAAGGGCGAGGGCUGCGUGGAGAAGCAGCUGAACACGCUGUGGCGCAAUUAUACGCAGCAUGCCAAGCCCGAUGUCAUCAUGCGCAUGAAGGUGAGCGCCUCCGGGCUGAAGGCCACGACCAGGCAACACGGCCUCACCGAGUACUGGGCCAAUCGCAUUACCUACUGCUGUGCGCCCAAGAACUAUCCGCGCGUAUUCUGCUGGAUCUACAGGCACGAAGGACGCAAGCUCAAACAUGAGCUGCGCUGCCAUGCGGUGCUCUGCAGCAAGGAGAAGAUAGCGCAGGACAUAUGCGAUACACUUCGCGAUAAUCUGGAGAGCGCUUUGCGUGAAUUUAAACGCGAGAAAAUUCUUAAGCAAAACGCGCGUCUCAGUCUGGCGAACGCAGUGUAUGACAAUCCCAGUCUACCCAGGCGCAAGAUUAUGCUCAGCGUGGGCGGCAAUAACUACAGGCCGCCGCUGGAGCGCUCCAAGUCGGCGCCCAAGCUGAUGGCCAUUGAGGAGGCUAUUGGCGAGGAGGAGGGUGACGAAAUAGAAGAUACCAACGAACCAGAAAUGAAGCCGUGCUGUCAACGUGACUCACUCUAUCCCGCCAUGACGCUGGGCAGGCGUCGCUGUCGUCGUGGACACUCGAUACGACGCACUGGCAAAAUCCAAGCACCCAGUGCCUGCUGCUCCCAUCAAGUGGUUGACAUACCUGAGCUAGAGCUACAGGAGCAGGCGCAGUGCAGCACAGUUACACCAUGUGUGAAUGAAGGCUCCGACUCGGAGGACUUUGAGAAGCUUUUAAAGUUCGACACGACGCUGAGCAACGAGCUCUUGCCGUACUUUGAUAUGCAGCUGCAUAAGAACAGCAGUCAGAGCCUCGGUAGCCUGAGCGAGCUGACGGUGCAGUUGGCAGCUGCGCAGGAGGAACUGGAGGAGGAACCACUGAGUCUGUUGCCCACCAUCAACAGCGAUCCCAGCGCUGAUCCGCAGGCUGACUAUGAUGGCGAAGAUGUGGUGCAUUUGCGCCGCAGCGGCGUUUGCAGCGAUGGCGAGGAGGAUUUUCUGGACGAUGCGGAUGAUCAUUAUUUUAGACAGGCGGCAAUGCUCACCAUGCUGCAUCGAAGCUCGAUGCGCAAGCGCAACAGCGUUGAGGCCAGUCUACAGUAUCGUCAUCAGCCACAGUCGUCCAUCAGCUCCAAUACGUCCAGCUCGACAACGGCCAGCGGCACAGCGGCGUGUGGCGCUGCAGUGGGUCAGCAGUGUUCCGCUGGUCCGGAUAGUGAUGAAGGUUCCAUUUCAAGUGGUUGCGAAACGGCUAGCACUGUCACCAAUGUCAACCAGGAGGAGUACAAUAAGCCACAAUCGCAGCAUCAGGUGCUCGAGCAAAUGUUGAUGUACCAAAGACUGCAGGACACCAAGCAACAGCAGCGACACAACAGCGAUGCUACCAACUUCAGCAGCUCCAGCAGUAUAACGCUCAAGCGCAACAGCUCCACAUCGCCAACCGAAUCGCUCAGCGGCCUGGAGGUGUCCAUGGACAAGCAGCAGGCGGAUAGGGCAGCCAUUUCGGAUGAUGACUCUGAGUGCAGCGAUGAAAGCGGCUAUGUGGAGUUCCAAGAGAAAGCCAAUGGUGCUGUGGUCGCUGCGGCGGCACCCGUUAAGCCACAGCUGCCGCCCAAACCGGCGCCAAGACGUUCGCUUACCCUAGCCAAGGGCCCAACGGCAACGGGCACAUCAGUCUGAGCUUCAAAGCCGCCCAAAAGUAUGCUUUAUAUAAUUUAAACACAAACAUUGUUAUCACUGAUUUGUAGUUCGUAGGAGAGAUUUUAUUGUUAGUUGUUUAAAUGCUAAGUCGUUUUGUUGCUGGUUCAUUAUACAAAGAAAAUAGCCUAACGAUAUUAUUGCACAAAUUAUU